AUGUACAAAUCGAACAGGCUCCGCUUCCCACCCCCAGCAUCGGGCCUGCCCAAGAAGGACGAGCGCUGGCUCCUCCGUCUCUAUACCAAUACACACUGGCUGUCCAAGUGUUUCGAGACCGCCGAUCUUACCGAUGUGGAUAUUUCGGUCGAGUGCUGCCUCUUCCCAGGUAAUAAGGCCACCUUCAAGGCCCACAAAAUGAUCCUGGCUGCACAGAACGAUGUGUUCAGGGCCAUGUUUUACGGUGACUUCGCCAAGGAAGACCGCAUAGUCAUCACUGAUUUGCAUCCAGAGGGCAUCCACGGCCUGUUGCGGUACUUCUACAGUGGACGCCUUGAAGUAAAUAGCGUACAUCAGGCCGCCUGUACCCUCACUGCUGCUCACAAGUACCUGGUCACAGAGCUCGAGGAGCAAUGCCUCAAAUUCAUGAAUUGCCGCAUGACCCCCGAUGAUGUGUGCCCCUUCCUGGACUACAUUCUGACUGUCGGCGAAGAGGCCUUGGCAACUCCAGCAACCAUAGUGAUCAUCAAGGACAGCCUCAAAGUCCUCUCCUCUACUACGUUAAAGUCUUUCAGGGAAGCUACCAUCAAAUAUCUGCUUAAACACAUUACUAAUAUAUUCGAGGCACCUGUGUUACAAGCAGUGCAUACUUGGGGACAGAAUUUCCUGACGCCUGCGAAGAAACCACAAUCAUCUAAGCGCCGUAAACUUAGCGACCACAAAAAAGAAAAGUUUCGAGCUGUACUUGAACCACUGUUUCCCGAGUUGCGGUUUCUUGCCCUCACUGCGAAAGAGUUCACUGAUGGCCCUAACAGGUGGGGAGUCCUGACAGAUGCGGAAGCGCGAGCCAUACUGAGCAACAUUGUUAACGAAGGCUCGAUGCCCAUGCCAGAGGGAUUUUGCAAGAUUCGGAUGGCCCGAGCGUAGCGUCGCACUCGAGCGAGCCACUGCUCCAGUGAUUUUGCUUAAUG